AUGAACAUUUCGGACCAAAAUGAUGAUGUACAGUUUGUUUCAAAAAUUAUAAAGUCUUAUAUGAAUAUAAGUGAGCCCCUUAGAGUUAGAUUGUCUCUAUUAUAUACGACUGGACAGUAUGACUUGUUUAGAAAUUAUAUAAUUGCAAUUAAAACUAUGAUGAAAGGCUUUUUAGUAUUAAAAGUUUCGAGAAAUGGAAAUAUAAAAAAAAGGAAGGUAUCUUUUAAUUCAUAUUAUAUGACCAUAAUAGGAAAUUGGUCAAGGAAAAUAUUAUUAUAUGAUGAAAUAACACAAAUAAAUAUAGGGAAUAGCUGUACGCCAGAAUUACGUAUUUUUGAAAAAAAAGUUCAAGAUUAUGAAAAUAGAAUGAAUUAUGUUGUCUUAAGGACUUUAUAUAGAGACUAUAGCUUCUUAUUUAUAACGGAUGAUGAAAUAUUAAUGCGAAUAAAAAAUAUAUCAGCAUUAGGAAAAUUAAAAAAUUUACUAGCAGGUAAAGAUAAUAUGCUUAAAAAAACUAACGACUUAAAUGUAAAAAGGGAUGCUAAACAAGAAUUAAAAGAUAAUUCUUUUUUAACUUCUGAAGGAAAUUAUGACGACAUAACAAAGGAAAAAUUACAAGGUAGUCUUAAAAAUAUCCACCAAAAUGAUGUUAUACUUAAAGAUGAAAAAGAAGAUGUGCGAUAUACUAUUCAAGGUUUUAAAUAUUUCUUUUUAUCCGUUAUACGGAGCAUAAAAACAAAAAACGUUAACAUUGAGAUAGAAAAAGUGAAGGGCAUGUUUAAAAAAAGUAAUAUGCUUUAUUUUGAUAAAUAUGAUUUUAAAAAUACAAAAAUUAAUUCCUUUUUCCUUUUUUGUCAAAUAGCGUUAGAUAUAUGUGGACCUGAAGUUUGGUUCACCUCAAAAUUUGACGAGAUUCUUUUUACGCGCUUAAAUUAG